AUGGAAAAGGCAUUACAUUCGUACAAUAAGGGUCUUUGGUUGGGAGCUGACAUCGUGAAGGCUUCAUCUUUACUUUUCGGCAUAAUUUUGGCUUUUUCUGAGCAAGAGUCAGUGUCCAUACAGUGUACUUCUUCUACAUUCUGGGCUGUUGUUCCACUGACUCUACUUGGUCAAGGCCGCCUCUUGCAUUCUGAUGAAGUGUCUCUGGGAACUGGCUGUCCCGUCAAGAUAACUGAAAAGAGGUAUGAGUUUAAUUAUUUUGUGAUUGAGUGUGGGAUUCAGAAGGAGGUUUUCUCCAGGGGAGUGAUUUUUUAUUCAGUUCUCUAUUGUAACAUAAUGCACAAAGAGGUCACUGGAAAAAUUCCUUUAAGGUGUAUUGUUUUCAGAUGCUCUGCCCAGAUCCCCUUGGAUUGUCGUUACCGUUUCCGUGUGCCCCUCCCCUUGAUUCUGUGGACCACUUCUUGUUCUUCCUGGAACUUAACCGACCUUUGCCUGUUUGGAUUGCCUUGGAUUCCAUACUUCCAACACUCCUCGCCGUCCCAUCAGUCACUUCCACUUAAAAUGCCUCAUUCUUUAGUUCAUGAGAGUGCAAAUGUGUCUCUGUUCUAG